UUGCAUUUUUUGAUUUAGGUAAAACUCAGACUAUUGAUGGGAGAAUCACCUGUACGUUAAAAGUCCAUUUGGCCAGCUUGCUGCCAGCAUGGAUGAGCAACAAGCUCUUAACUCCAUCAUGCAAGAUCUAGCUGUGCUCCACAUGGCUAGCCGACCUCUUCUGUCAUUGAAUGAUACAGGGAAACCGAAGAGCACUUCGUCCAGUAAUCAGAAUGAUAUUCGAGUCAAGUUUGAAUACCGUGGUGAGAAAAGAAUCCUUCAGUUUCCCAGGCCAGUCCUUCUUGAAGAUAUUGCCACUAAAGCCAAGGUUGCCUUUGGUCAGCCGAUGAGCCUGCACUACACCAAUAACGAGUUAGUGAUUCCUCUGACCACACAGGAUGAUCUGGAUAAAGCCAUCGAACUCCUGGAUCGCAGUGUGCACAUGAAGAGCCUAAAGAUUUUGUUGGUGCUUCAAUCAAACAACCAGGUAACAAACCUCAGCAAUGUGGAGGCAUUACAAACGCUGGAUGAUUUGGACAAUGGUUCAGUCUUUGUAGGCGCAGAGAGGAAAAACAGGCUGUCAUUGAUCGUUUCCCAGACAUCUGAUCGGAGCUCACCUCCACCUGGGUACAUUCCAGAUGGGCAGCAGCAGGUGGCACGUAACGGAUCCUACACUAGCAUCAACAGUGAGGGUGAAUUCAUUCCCGAAAGCAUGGACCAAAUGUUGGACCCGCUGUCGAUGAGCAGCCCUGAGAACUCAGCAUCAGGGAGUUGUCCGUCUCUGGACAGUCCCUUAGACAGUGAUAGUUAUCCCAAAUCUUGGAUGCCCAGGGCGCAGAGCUAUCCAGAUAAUCAUCAGGAUUAUUCAGAUUGUGAUAUUCCAACGUUUGAGAAAAUUGGGAAAGGUGGGACAUAUCCACGAAGGUAUCACAUCUCCUACCAUCACCAUGACUACAGUGACGGUCGUAAAACGUUCCCCAGAGCAAGAAGAACCCACGGAAACACUUUCCGCUCGCCUGUCAACUUCAGUCCCACGGAGCACUCCCUGAGCACCAGCAGCGGGAGCAGUAUUUUCACCCCAGAGUAUGAGGACAGCAGGAUGAGAAGAAGGGGAAGUGACAUCGACAAUCUAACACUGUCCGUCAUGGACAUCAGCCCCCCCAGCCGUUCCCCAAGGGCGCCAACAAAUUGGAGACUGGGCAAGCUGCUUGGCCAAGGGGCAUUCGGCAGGGUCUAUUUGUGCUAUGAUGCUGACACAGCAAGAGAACUGGCCGUGAAACAAGUGCAGUUCGACCCAGACAGUCCUGAGACCAGCAAGGAGGUGAAUGCUCUUGAAUGUGAGAUCCAGCUAUUAAAGAAUCUGCACCAUGAGAGAAUUGUCCAGUAUUAUGGCUGUUUGAGAGACCCUCAAGAGAGAACGCUUUCUAUCUUUAUGGAGUAUAUGCCAGGGGGUUCAAUAAAAGACCAGCUGAAGGCGUAUGGUGCUCUUACAGAGAACGUGACUCGCAGGUACACUCGUCAGAUCCUGGAAGGUGUUUCUUACCUGCACAGUAACAUGAUUGUACACAGAGAUAUAAAAGGAGCCAACAUUUUACGGGAUUCUGCUGGUAAUGUUAAAUUGGGAGAUUUCGGUGCAAGUAGAAGGUUGCAGACUAUCUGUCUGUCGGGGACAGGCAUGAAGUCGGUCACUGGCACGCCGUACUGGAUGAGCCCAGAAGUGAUCAGUGGUGAAGGUUACGGCAGAAAAGCAGAUAUCUGGAGUGUUGGCUGCACAGUUGUGGAGAUGCUCACUGAAAAGCCCCCAUGGGCUGAGUUUGAAGCCAUGGCAGCCAUCUUCAAGAUCGCCACUCAGCCGACGAAUCCUCAGCUGCCACCUCACGUGUCAGACCACAGUCGGGACUUUUUGAAAAAGAUAUUUGUGGAGGCGAAGCAGAGGCCAUCAGCAGAGGAACUGUUGCGCCACACUUUUGUGCACUAUCACUAGCAGCUAACCUCAACAUCUGAUGCAUUUAUUUUCUAUCUGAUUGCACUUUUUCAAUGUAUAAUUUUGGUGAUUCUAGGUGUUUCCUAGGUUGUAAUUUAUACUUAAAUUUGUAUUUAUAAUGAGAUUUUUUUGCAUUCUCACAAAGGGAAUGAUCAGAAGGUUUUUUACAGUGUAUUCACACAGUACUCUGAUGUUCUUCAAGGUAAAGCACUUUAUUACAUAACCCAUUCCUGUUUAUUAUUCUUCCGAUGCAGUGUGACAGGUUCUACUCCCCAUUAGAAGUAUGAAUUUAUUUGCCAUUUGUAAGUAGCAGAGACUGAGCCUCUCUAAGUGUGUUGAACCUGCAGUAUGUUAGAAAAUAGACUGUUAUGCAAAUCAUUUCAGCAAUGGUAGCCUGUUGCAGAAUGUCUACCAGGAUGUUUUCAUAUAACGUGAAGCCAAUCAACCCGACAGGUCUGCUGUUAGUAUUCUAUCACAGCAUAGAAUUCUGAAUCCAUUGGGCAAAGUUGUAGUUGGGUGUGUAACCCAGAGUAACCAUCAAUUCUUCCUCCUUCAACUUCCACAUAAGCCAGUAUAGUCAGUGGUGCAGAUUAGACAGAGGGAACAUCACUGUUUUCAGGGUCUGGCCUCAAUCGGAAUACAAAGCACCCGGUGUUUCUCCCUCAUUUCUCACACUUGGAACCUGCCCUGGAAAUGUUUGUCAGUUUUUUAUUCCUGCUGUUAUUUAGCAGUGUCUGUGGCCAUCCCUAUACCUGCCAAAUGUGUUAUUGGCCUUCACUGUAAGGCCUCUGUCUAUGUUUGCCAUUGGAUCCUUUUGAAUGGGUACCUGGACAAAAGUAGAUAUUUGUCUGAGUAGACACCACAGCGUGGUUGUCUGUGUUCAAGUAGAAUGUGUCAAUCUCUGCAGCACUGUCUUAGGCCAAAACAGGUACUACUAUAUGGACCAUGAUUUCACAUUAAACUGAUGCUGAUGCCCUCAGCUUGGACCUGCACUCCAGAAAUUAUGUUCCCAGCCAUGGCUUGUAGGGUGGCUCGGAACUUUGGAGUACUUCAUGUUUAAGGCGUUAUCCGAGUUUAAUUAAUCUCAGGAAUAUACGGUGCUGAAACAUUAGCCACCAAAUUACACUUCCACAUUUAUAUAGAUGUCAUUCGAUUAAUGUUUACAGAUCUUUCAUAUUGCUUUGUAGAUGGAAUGAUUUUUCAAAUCUAGGCUUUUUUUAAUUUUUGAUAAUAAAUUAGUCCAUUCCUCGGGAGCAAGUUCCUGAUCCAUCUGGCUGUUAUAAUCCCUCCCUCUGCCGGACUGCCUCUGUUAUCUGCUGGUUGCUACAGUCCCAUUGCUGGCCCAUGACUGCCUUGGGACAGCUCAGGAUCACUGAGCCAAUCCCACCCGUGUCCUGAGAACAAUAUCUAAAAGGUCCCAUCACUGAGCGGAGCUGACUCUCUGAGACACAGCCUUACUUCACUUAGAUCAAUAUUGUGUCCUGGGCUGAUAUUUAAAAGGGAAUUUAAUUGACACUUUGCCCUGUGCAGCUGCUUUGUGCAAUUUAUGCGGUUUUUACCAAACAGUAUUGUUCUAGUUUAACAGCAUUCACUCUCCAUGAGUUUGGUAAUUCAGUGCUUUACGGUUGGUUUUACAUUUUAGCCUUGGGUUACCCAGCUCUAAUUCUCUGGCUUAAUGCAUCAUUAUGUGGAGGUUGAACAAAUCAGGAAGAAUAUUUGAUGAACUACUCGUGAUGUGGUAAUCCCAUGAUUGGAAUCUAGUCCAUCAUUUGCAUUAAAGAUUCCCUUCCUGUUUCGUUAAACUCAAACUGUGCCUCAUUAUUCCAUGACCUCUCAGACCCCUGUCUGUUACUUCCUCCACUCCUGUCAGAGCUCUGCACUCUAAUCCUGGCCUGAUUUUUAUAUUGAUCCACUCACCUUCAGAUGCCUGGAGCCCAAGCUCUGGAAUUUCCUCCCUAAAUCUCUCCAACUUUCCCCUUAUUUCUCACUCCUUGAAGCAUUCCAUUUAGACCCUAUUCCAAUAUCUCCAUGAACAGCUCAGCGUCAGAUUUUACUUGAUCACUCCUGGGAAGCAUAAAAGUGCUAUACAAAUGCAGAUUCCUUAUGACUGUAUCUUUCAAUUUAGCAACCUGGCUUAAAUGCCAUGGCCUUUCAAAAGAACUGGGUUAUGUCCCAGAAUAAGCUGCUGUGUCAAACAGCAUCAAGGGAAUGCUGUUGCGACAACACACAACUGAUGCAAUGCCUCUGACAAUUCAUAUUCACUCAUCUCUUCCCUGGUGCUUCCUUUCCGGUUCACUUGAAUGAGGAUCUGAGUGUUUGGAUGUGAAGGUGGGACUACAUUCCAAGAAUGGGGAAGAUUUGCCAUGUAUAUGAGUCUGAUCUUAAUGUACAGGCAGAAAAUUUAUCUCUGAUCUUAUUAGUGCAGAGCAACGCGGAGCAUCAUAGCAUAAAGGUACUACAGAGGCACGUAGUAGAGAUGUUAGUUGUUCUCAUUUGUCUAACCGAAUGUCUUGCCAACGCUGAGGAUAAUUGAUCAUUGUAGGUGGCCAAAUAGUGAAUGUUGGAAAUACUCAGCAAUCAGACAGUAGCUCAAAGAGGAAAACAGGUUAAGAUUUCAGUUGGAUUUUCUUUUGCUCAAUGCCUAUUUAAUCCAGUCAGUUUGCCAAAAUAUGGUCAGCAUCUAUUCUGAACCAAAUGAGAUGAGAGAUCCUAUGACUACAUACAGUUCCUAAACCCAACCAGGGCAGGAAUGUCUGAGGAGAGAGUCAAAUUUACUUGGGUACUAACAACCAUGGUGGUUUUUAACCAUGUUUCCUGAACAAAGUGUGCCGUAUGUAAUCUGCUUUAAAAAAGAAAGUGAUUCCUGGUAGCUACUGCCUGGUGUUCAUCCUUGCAUGGUACUUGGUGCAAAAUCUCCCUCAUUCUCUGCCAACUUGAAAUAAGGCUUUAAUUGAACAGCAUCAUUUAAGAAGUUUAUGAUGUGUCUACCACAGGGGUCAUAGUGCUUCAUUGAUACACUUGCCUUUCCUACUAACAUUCUUGGCCUUCAAACUGGAGAGGUGUCUGCUGUGAUCCCAAUACUUCUGACAGUAGAUUGUUUAGAUCAGCCUAUCCUAAAUCCACCCUGUGAUUAAUCCAGUCUCUGUCACUGACUGAAGUAUUUGUCCAGCUGGGGUCAGGUUAAACUGAAGCUGCCUAACAGGACUAUUGAUGGGAUCAGCUACAGCGCUGGUUUGAAAUCUGCUUGACUUCACUCCAGAACUCAGUGGAGAGUAAUUGGGUGACACAUAAAGCCAACAUUCUACCUGAUCUUCCUCCAGGUUUGGUAAUAACAACCUCAUUAGGUCUUUGUGUGUAACCUCCUGUGAUGUUUUAAUUUCUCCAGCAUCUUUGAAGAUUAUUUUGGUCCCCAUCUCAAAUCAGAGCUUCCGUUUGGCUGACUGAUGCUUGACAAUGUUAACGCUUCAAGAGAGUAAGUCAUAGGCUCUUGGUUAUGUUGGCACCAUGAGGUUAAUCAAGAUCUGAUUAAUAUCAAACUGUUUAUAAAGGUUUCACUGGUUAAUAAGGGCCCCUGAUUAGUAACUAGGAUGUUGCCUGUAGCAACUAUGGUUUACCUUGGUUAUUUAGGAACCCAGAUUUACCAAUUGUAGCCAGACUCUGUCUAUAGGCUGAGCAGUGAACAAAGUAUUCACGAUUACAAACCUGGUGAAAUCCUCUGAUUAUAAACAUUCUCUGCAGGAUGUUUACCCAUUGAAAUGGUAUCCAAACCAUAAUUUGAGCAGUGAGUAUUACCUUCAUUCAUUCCAUUUGCAAUUGUACACUGACCUUAUGAUAAAACCUUGAAGUUAUUAAACUUUAGGCUCGAACAAAAAUAAUGACAAAAAUUAGAGUCUGAGAAGGGAUCAUUCAGCCCAUCGAGCCUACCCAACAUUCAGUGCAGUCAUAGCUGAUCAAACACUUCAAUGCCAUUUACUCACCUCAUCCUCAAAACCAUAUUCUCCAAUGAUAAUCAGAAAUGUAUUCAUCACUGCUCUGAACAUGAGCUUCCACAGCCCUCUGUGGUCAACAAUUCCAAAGGUUCACAACCUUCUGAAUUAAGCAUUUUCUCCUCAUCUCAGACUAAGUGGCAUUCCUCUUAUUCUUAAAUUGAGCCAAUAGCUCUAGACUCUCCAACCAGGGAAACACCUUACUUGCAUCUAUGCUUUUGGUCCAAAACUCGAGACAAUAUAGGCACAGUUUGCCCAAUCUCUCUUCCUAGAAUGGUCCCGCUAGUCUGUGAACAAAUCUGGUGAACUUUUGCUCUACUCCUUUUGUGGCAACUACUUGCUUUCCUCAGAUAAGGAGAGUAAUCCUUGUAUGGUCUAACCAAGUUCCAAUACAACUGAAAGAAGACUUCACUACUCCUGUAGUCAAGCUUAGAACGG